CCUGAACCAAUGCUCGGGCACGUUCUAUAAAAACAGUUGGCGGGCAUGUCCCUUUCCGCGUUCGGUGUUUCUCACUAUCUUCCAUUCGUUUGUUUGUCCGCUCUUUUCGUCGUCAGUGUCGACGAUUGUCCUAUAGCCAUCCAUUCCUUCGUUUCUAAUCCGAUCGCUUACCGCUCUUUACCAUGGCUCGAUUCGGAUUUUCGGCAUUGAUUGCCGCGGCGUUCAGCCUCCAUGCUGCUGCGCAGCUGAGUGGCUCCGUUGGCCCCCUCACAUCCCGAGCUGCCAAGGCGGCCAUCAAGACGUGCAAUAUUAUGGACUACGGCGGUGUGGCUUCUGCCACUACCGACAACAGCCAGGCCAUCACGGACGCUUGGGAUGCUUGCAAAGCCACAGGCGGCGAGGUCUACAUCCCGGAAGGCGACUAUGGCCUGUCCACCUGGCUGAAGCUGUCUGGAGACGCCAUGUCUUUCCGCCUCGACGGCAUCAUCUACCGCAUUGGUACUGAUGGCGGUAAUAUGCUCUUCUUCCAGCACAUGAAAGACUUUGAGUUUUACAGCAGCAACUCGAAGGGUGCCAUCCAGGGUUAUGGAUAUAAGUUCCAUGAGAAUGACGAGUACGGUCCUCGUAUUCUCCGCUUCUACGACGUCAACGGCUUCUCGAUCCACGAUGUCGCCCUCGUUGACUCUCCCCAAUUCCAUUUCGCCAUGGAUACCUGCACGGACGGAGAGGUCUACAACAUGGUCAUCCACGGUGGAAACCGGGGUGGUCUGGACGGCAUCAGCCUCUGGAGUACCAACAUCUGGGUCCACGAUGUCGAAGUCAGCAACAAGGACGAGUGCGUGACUGUCAAGAGCCCCGCCAACAACGUUUUGAUCGAGAACAUCUUCUGCAACUGGUCUGGCGGUUGUGCCAUGGGAUCCCUUGGCGCCGACACCGCUGUCUCCAACGUCAUUUACAACAACGUCUACACCCAGAACUCCAACCAGAUGUACAUGUUCAAGUCGUACGGCGGCAGCGGAACCGUCGCCAACGUGCAGCUCAACAACUUCAUUGGCCACUCCAACGCCUACACUUUUGAUCUGGAUGCCACCUGGUCAUCCAUGUCUCAGGUCAACGGUGAUGGCAUCCUUUACACCAACUUCACCGUCUCGGGCUGGGGUGGCACAUGUCUCAACGGUCACCAGCGCGGACCUAUCAAGUUCAACUGCCCUCCCGAUGUUCCUUGCACUGAGAUGGUUGUCGACGACUUCAACGUGUGGACCGAGGCUGGCGAUUAUGUUGAGCACUGGUGCAAGAACUCCUAUGGCUCUGGUGCGUGCUUGGAUGAGGGCAGCGGAUCGUCCACCUUCACCACGACCCAGACUGUGACUGCGGUUACCGACUACGCCAUCUCCACCAUGGACAAUGAGAUCUCGACUGGCUUGGGUCUCACUGUCUCCAUCGCGAUCCCGACUCUUCGAGCUUCGUUCUACCCUGGUGUCGCUGCUUACAGCGCUCUAAUGGCUGGUUCUGAUUCUGCGGAAUCUGCUGAGACAACUGCCGCCGCGGCCGCUUCUACCGCUGCAGUGGCUUCUUCAGCCGCCUCCUCGGCCGCAGCUGUAGUGGUUUCUUCCGCUGCUUCUUCGGCCGCCGCCGUGGUGCCUACCAGUGCUGCAGUGGAGAGUGACGUCCAGGCCACCACUCCGGUUGCCGUCUCCAACACUCCCACUUUGGAUGGCCCGUCUUUUAUCUCCAUUAUCACCACCACCCCUGCUGCGGUCCUCUCUGCCUCUGAAGUUCUCGAGGCUACCGAGUCUACCCCCGAGGCUGCACCCAGCUCCGUCGUUUCCGUGGCGCCCGUUGGUUCUUCCGCUUGCAAGGCGGCCAGAAGACGCCGCCAUCUCUCGCACCACCUGUAAAUAAAUAUCUUUCUCGGUGCAUGUGAG